UAAUUUUCUUCAUUUAAUGUGAAUUGCACUUUCAACGUUUAACAAUGGCAACUUCUGAUAUUGGAAAUAUCUUUCAUUGGAAUGAUAGAAACUUGGAUAAAUUUCCAGAAGAUCUAAAACUAUACAAGAAUAAAAUAAUUCAACUUUACAUCAAAAACAACACUAUAGAAACACUACCAAGAUGGAUAAAUUGUAUGAAUAAACUUUCACACAUCUACCUGGACAAUAACAAACUAUCUAGCUUUCCUGACGAGUUUUGUCAAUUAACAAAUUUAGAAGUUCUAUGUGCACCUUAUAAUAUGAUCACAUCAAUCCCAUCAAAGUUAUCCGAUCUUCUGCGAUUGACUCAACUUGACUUGUCACACAAUUAUAUUAAAAUUGUUCCACCAGAAAUUAUGAACAUGCGGUCAUUGUGGUUGUUGAAUUUAUCACAUAAUGCAAUUGAAACACUACCAGAAAUAAACAACCCAGAAGAAUUAUAUUUUGGUGAAAUAUUAUUAGACAAUAAUAAAUUAAUAUGUGUACCUGAUAAUUUAGCCCGUUUGAAAAACAUUGAAUACUUAUCGUUAAAUCACAAUAAACUUUUGUACGUACCAGCUGUUGUGUUUAGAAACGAAGCUAAAAUCAAAUUGGACCAUAACCCUUUUUUGAACUAUAUGGUUAUAAACAUUAAUGCAAAUUAUUGUGGUACAGAAAAAUUUCUAGAAGCGCAAUUAUUGUCAAAUGUGAUAUUAAUAUGUGCAGGCCGUAACUUGGUUGUAUCACCAAAAAUUAAAAAUGUUAUUAAUUCUCAAAAUUAUGCAUACUAUCCUUCAUUGUGUGAAUUUGCACUUCGAUCGUUGUACGUUUGGAAGACUCCUUUUUCAAAAAAUGAUACUCCAAAUUCAUUGUACAUCCAACUUAAAUCUGGCCCUGCAGCUACGUGUAUGCAAUGCUUAAGACCAAUGUUCACUUACAGUUAUAUUUGCUUAAUUUUUAAUGAAGCAAAAACUCAUCUAAAUGCCCAAUAUUUCUGCUCAAAAGCUUGUCACAGUAUAUCUAAUCAACUAUUUGAAAAACGCUAUAAAAUAAUUUUACAAGAAUUGCAUUUUUCAAUCAAGCCAUUUGGAAAUGUAUCAAAUUUAUAAACCUAGAUCGAGUUUGAUUUAUGUAUUUUCUGUUAUAUUAAUUUAUAUUGUUUUAUCAAUUAACGUCUCAUAUAAUCAUUUUUUUUUACGAAACAUAAUUGUUAAUACAACAUAAUAGUGUUACAGUUUAAUACAUCAUAAACAUUUGUGUACAUUUGAAUACAACUACUAUUUUUAUGUGAUUAUGUAAUAAUAGAUAUUUCAUUCAACAUUUUCAAGAAAACUGCAUUUUUUUGUCCAACAAUUAGUAAAUACAAAAAAUAAUAAUUCAUUUUUUUAUGUACUAUGCAUUCUACAAGUAUUAAAUACUUUUAAGGGGAACGGAAAGCGCUAUUUGUUAAGAGGCAAAGGAUAGGCAAUAUUUUACAAAAAUUGAACUAAUAGCCAUUUUCAUAAGUCUACUAUUUUCAAGGCGAACACAUUACGAUUACAAUUACCUAUACUACUUUUAA